AUGGCGCCUGGCCAGUCAUCGGACCUGAACAGUGGAGCACACACUCGCUUGUACUUCAUAAGCAACGACCCAGACAAGGGCAUGCUCAGCAAUGCUCAGUAUAAUCGCUUACGACUACAACUUCAAGUCCUUCCAUUAUCUCAGGGCCAGGUCGAGAAAGCUCAGUACCACAGUGGUGGCUCCACUACCAACGCCUAUAUUACGGUGGACAAUCCCCUCCUCGACCUGAAUCCUGAUCAUCAAUCAUCAUCCUUUUCCCUCACCUCUUUCGCUACCUCUAUGAGACAUCUGUCCAUCAUGGCCAGCCGCGACCCCCCCGACUCGCAGAGCAUCCACUACCGCUACUUCGCGGACACGCUUAGUGAAAAUAGCAACGUACGCCCUUAUGCUGGCAUGUAUAUUGCCGCGGCCAUCCCUUACGACGGCGAAAUCAGGAUGCCCCAUAAGAUACAGCUAAAGAUUGCCGAGUACGCCGCUAGGAGCGACAUCUAUGCUGCCGACGUUUACUAA